AUGAUAACACCAAUUGGAAAGAAUAGUAAUAGUAAUAGUAAUAGUAAUAGUAAUAGUAAUAGUAACAGUAAUAGUAAUAGUAAUAGUAACAGUAAUAGUAAUAGUAAUAGUAAUAGUAAUAGUAAUAGUAAUAGUAAUAGUAAUAGUAAUAGUAAUAGUAAUAGUAAUAAUUAA